AUGCAUCGACGGCUGGAAUCCAGCUCCCUAGGACGGAGUUCUUGGGCAACCCCUACCACGUUGCGUCGUCUUUUCACCCGUCGGGAUUUUUUCAACGGCAACGAUGUCGCCUCAAAAAAAAACACCCCUUCACGGGUUUCCCCGCAUGGCAGCGCCAUCACGAGCGCGACCCCCCCCCCACGGCCCGCCAUGACGACCCCAGCCGCCACCCCAGGGGGGGUCGAUUACAGCGAAAAACUUCAAACCGCCGCCGAGGCGGCGCGGCAGCGGCAGCGUUCGAUCCCGCGCGCGACGGACGCCCAACGGGAAGGCCACGAACCCCCUUUAUCGGGGUUUAAAUCCGAACGCGAGCGGUGGUGGCCACCGGAGAACCCCAAUUGGUCCGGCGGCAUGUUCGCCUCGCCGUUUGAUCGGAAUAAGAAGCGGCUGGAUGGGAUGUAUGUGCCGGAGUUAAAAGAGGUGAUGAGCCCGGAUAAACCGCAGGAGAUCAGCUACGGUGGGGAUAAUUUUUUCAUCAACUCCGACUGGCAUAUGGCGGAUGAAACGUUUGAAAGCACGCGUCGGUUUAUCCCACCGCCGAGUUUUGAUCCCGCGAUUGACGCGAUCGACGAUGAGGGGUUUAUGGAUCAAAAAGUCAUGCUGGACAUCCAAAAAGCCGUGGAGGAGGAUAAACGACUGCUCGAAGGCUUCGGGAAUCCAAUGCUUGUGGAGGAUCAGGUGGAUUACCUCCUCUGCCCUCAGCGGGAGGGGCAGGAAAGCAUCCAGCAACGGCAGGAGUUUAACGGAUUCGUCCAUUGGGGCCUCCUCCACGGCGCGCACAUGAUUCUCGAGGAGAACCACGAAAUCAAAAAGGCGCACGAAUUCGUCAACCGCUACAUGCGGGAUAUCGACCUCUUCCAGAAAUGGCUGGAGCACCCAAAGGUGCGUGCGCAUAUUCAGAAAAAGUUCGGCAUCGACAUGCACGCGAAGUUCGACAAGCUCAUGGCGCUCACGAUGGCGAUGUACACGCGCUCUAAGAUCCAGGUCUACGAGGACGACCCCGCGGGCGCCCUGAAAUCCCUCACCGCCGCGAUGAGUUUCAUCUCCAACGGCGCGGAUUUGAGCAAGGAGCGGCAUCGGAAAGCCCUCGGGGCGGUGCUCGUCGCGCGUGGGAUGGUGUAUUGCAAGUUGAAAUCGUUCGAGCGCGCCGAUGACGACCUCACGCGGGCGUUAGCCUUCGUCAAGGCGGAUCGCUCGCCGACGCUGUUUCAACUCCGCGCGGAGGCGCGUGAGGCGCUCGGCCGCAUCGAUGAGGCCCGCGCCGACGAGGAAAAGGCGGCGGAGAUAUGGGAAAAGGCGGAGGUCAUCACCCCCGGGAUGCAGGGAACACCGCAUAAGUUUGUGGUUUAG